AUGUUCAUGGCCCAAAUGCUUUUAUCCCGACAAAACCUUGUGAGCUUCUACUCUACUGUCUUAAUCACGUUUAUAUUUUGUCGGUGGAUGAUGAAUAAAAAAGUAAAGCUCAUUCGGUUCUUCGAAAGCCGUAGAAGACUGUGGAAGCUGAAUCUGAGUGACUAUGUUCAAUUGAAACCAGAGAAGUUUAAAUCGGCUUUGCUCCUGUCAAGAUCUCAGAUAUCGUUCUCAUUGGAGAAAUUGGAGGCACUGCAGAAGAAGAUGCUGCUGCUUUGAUAAAGAAAGUGGUACUGAGAAGCCUGUUAUUGUGGUAUUGCUGGACUCACAGCACCACUGGUAAACGAUGGAACAAUAAAGUGAAGCUCAUUCGGUUCUUACAAAGCCAUAGAAGACGGUGGAAACUGAAUCUGAGUGACUAUGUUCUAUUGAAACCAGAGAAGUUUAAAUCGGAUUUACUCUUUUCAAGAUCUCAGAGUUGACAGAGUGAUAUCAGUUCCAUAGAUGAAAUUGAUCUUGUAUUGAUGAUUGGUAGGCCUGUAGGAAACACCGGGGCCAUUGAUGGAGAAAUUUUCAAUGUUUCUCCACGUUCCAACAGGUAUGGAGCACCUUAACUUGAAUACGCCAUUCUGACUUGAAUGGUUUGAUGUCAGCCAAAGCCGUUUGUUCCAUGCUUAAAGAUGGAAGAUGCAGAAAGAAGUAGUCCGGCGGUUAAUACAACCUCUCCGGAUUUGUUGAAGAACACGCCUUCCAACAUCGCCGGAUUAGAAGAUGUGAUUGAGCAAUGCCAUGGCAGACAAAAGUAUCUCACUCAGACCAGAAGCCCUUCAGAUGGCAGUGAUGUUCGCUGGUACUUCUGUAAGGUUCCUUUAGCUGAGAACGAGUUAGCUGCUUCAGUACCUCGCACUGACGUAGUAGGAAAGAGUGAGUACUUCCGUUUUGGGAUGAGGGAUUCUCUUGCCAUUGAGGCUUCUUUCCUCCAGAGAGAGGAUGAGUUGCUGUCAUUCUGGUGGAAAGAGUAUGCAGAAUGCAGCAUAGGCCCUAUACCACAAGUUAAUUCUAAAAAGAAAUCCAAUAAGCAGUCAAUGGAAACCCUUCAAGAAGCUUCUGUAUCAUCCAGUCUAUAUGAUGUUGAAGAGGAGAGAGUUGGUGUACCCGUUAAGGGUGGGCUAUACGAGGUGGACUUGGUGAGGAGGCAUUGUUUUCCCGUGUACUGGAAUGGGGAUAAUAGGCGUGUGCUUAGAGGCCACUGGUUUGCUCGUAAAGGUGGACUAGACUGGCUUCCAAUUCCUGAAACUGUUGCUGAACAGUUGGAGGUUGCAUAUCGUAACAAGGUCUGGCGCAGAAGAAGGUUCCAACCCUCUGGUCUUUUUGCAGCUCGAGUUGAUUUGCAGGGUUCCAGUUUGGGACUUCAUGCUCUAUUUACCGGGGAGGAUGAUACUUGGGAAGCUUGGCUUAAUGUUGAUCCCUCUGGAUUCUCUGGCAUUGUUGGCUAUACUGGAAAUGGAAUUAAGCUGAGACGUGGUUAUGCUGGCUCCUACUCUCCUAAACCUACACAGGAAGAACUACGCCAGCAAAAAGAGGAAGAAAUGGAUAACUAUUGUUCUCAAGUCCCUGUUCGACAUCUUGUGUUUAUGGUUCAUGGUAUCGGCCAAAAGGUUGAGAAGUCUAAUCUUGUUGACGACGUUGGAAACUUCCGUCAAAUCACAGCAGCUUUAGGUGAACGUCAUCUGACCUCUCACCAGCGUGGAACUCAAAGAGUCCUUUUCAUCCCAUGCCAGUGGAGAAAAGGUCUAAAGCUAAGUGGUGAAGCUGCUGUUGACAAAUGUACACUAGAAGGUGUACGACGUUUGCGAGAGAUGCUGAGCGCAACUGUUCAUGAUGUGUUAUACUACAUGAGCCCCAUUUAUUGUCAGGCUAUAAUUGAUUCGGUUUCAAACCAGCUGAAUAGACUGUAUCUCAAAUUUAUAAAGCGGAACCCGGACUAUGAUGGAAAGAUAUCCAUUUAUGGACAUUCUCUGGGGAGCGUUCUCUCUUAUGACAUUCUAUGUCAUCAGCGCAAUUUGUCAUCCCCGUUUCCGAUGGAUGCAGUAUACAAGAGGUUUUUUCCAGAUGAAGAAUCUCCUCCAAUUCCAGACAAACCUUGUAGCUCGCAUCAAUCAUCGGAUCUUGAGCCAGAGAAAUCUAACCUUUUGAAUAACAAGGAGGAAACCACAGGUCAAGAUAAUGACAUGAUGGAUAAAAAAUCAACGGUAUUGGAGCAUCGCAAUGUCUUCCAAGAGGCUUCUUCAUCGGUCUCUGAUUCUGUUGUGGACAACGUGGGCUUGGAGAGAAGAGGCAGCGAGGAAGACGACCGUCAUGAUUCUAGUGGUGCUAUUUCCUCACAGGAUGGACCAGAUGGAGCUGAUUGUAGAUCACCUGGUUCGUCUUCCUCUUCUCCUGAACAAUCUUGGGAGAUAAAAUGUGGCGAUUCUAAUAACGAGGCUGCAAUCAAGUUAUUACAGGAAGAGAUUAAAUCAUUGAGGUCAAAAGUAGCGCAACUGCAAUCAGAAAAUGCCAGAAUAUUGGCGGAUGAAAAAGCUAAGGCAUCUGUGAUGCCUGAGCAGCACAUCAAUGAGAAGGCAGUAACUAAAGAUGCCAAUGGACCUACAAGCUUUACUCCUUAUAUCAAGUACCAAAAGCUCGAGUUCAAGGUUGACACUUUCUUUGCAGUUGGGUCUCCUCUCGGAGUGUUUCUAGCCCUUCGAAAUAUACGUAUUGGGAUAGGUAAGGGAAAGGAUUACUGGGAAGAGGAGAAUGUUAUUGAAGAGAUGCCAGCUUGUCGUCGAAUGUUCAACAUUUUUCACCCCUAUGAUCCU